UUUUUUUUUCUUUGCCUACGCUGUGACAGCUGUAUCCUGCUGCGGAUACCCUGUCCUCCACGCUCCGGUUACCGCAGCCUCAUCAUGAACAGUAGACAGCAGUGGACAGGGGAGGACCAGUCAGUGGUCAGCCGUAUGCAGAAGAAAUUCUGGGAAACCAAACAAGUUUUGAUUAAAGUUACAGGGAAAAAAGAGGAUGAACACGUUGUUGCUUCAGAUGCUGAACUCGAUGCCAAGCUGGAGAUAUUUCAUUCCAUUCAGACAACGGGAUCAGAGUUAAUCAAAAUAAUUGAGAAAUACCAACAAGCACUCGAUGUUCUGUCUCAGAAAGAGAAUGAUUUUGGUCUGCUCCUGAAGGAGCAUGCUCAGCAGAACAGCACACAAGCGGGGAAAAUGAUGAAAGCCACAGGAAAUGCUCUGUGUUCCUCCGCUGGGCAAAGGUUAGCAAUAUGCACCCCCUUAUCUCGCCUGGAGCAGGAAGUGGUCACUUUCAGUAGACGCGCAGUUUCCGAUACCCUUCUGACCAUAAAUCGUAUGGAGAAAGCACGGACUGAAUAUAGAGGGGCCUUGCUUUGGAUGAAGGAUGUUUCCCAGGAGUUGGACCCUGACACCUAUAAACAGAUGGAAAAAUUCAGAAAGGUUCAGAUUCAGGUAAGAAACACUAAAAGCCAUUUUGACAAGACUAAGAUGGAUGUAUGCCAGAAAGUGGACCUCCUGGGAGCCAGCCGUUGCAAUAUGCUGUCACAUUCACUAGCUUCAUAUCAGACCACCCUACUGCACUUCUGGAAAAAGACUGCUCAUCUUAUGUCCGAAAUACAAGAGGAAUUUCAAGCAAUGCUUCCAUUCAGUGUAUCAGAAACCAAGCCUUGUGCGCAGCUCGUGAAGGAGAAUAGCACAGAGGAGACACACAGUGAGCACGCAGCGGAACACAAGGACAUGUUAGUUACACUACAGAUGGAAUCCCAAGCAGAAUGUGGAGCAGAAUUGGAACCAAAUGAUCUACUGCUGGACUGCACAGAAGGUGAAGAUUUUGAUAAGGAGUUUUCCUUCUUGAAUUUGCAACAAGUUAAUCCACCUGAGCUUGGGUUAGAUGAUCAGGAUAUCUUCGGAGGGAGAAUUGCUAGUUCAGACAAGAGUGGACAGUGGACAAACCAGACCGAAAACUUGGCAGGAUUUCUCCCUUCACAGCUCUUGGACUUGGAUCUGCAAUCUGCAGGAGAAUUCAACAGUUGGAGGCUCACAGAUCUAUCUUCAGGCAACUCUGAUCCUAGUAGUCAGGGUAGUCCUCAAAAGCAUACACCUGACCCACAAGGCUCUGACCAAAGGACCAGGAAGAGGGACAUGUCUGCAUGGUUAAAUAUGUUCGCAGAUCUAGACCCUCUUGCAAACCUAGCAACCGCUAGGCACUCGGACGAUGAACUUAUCAGCGCAUGAGUGUAGCUUCAGAUCGUUGAACUAUUGCGUGAAAAUGACUUUUCGUUUGCUGGUGCAAUGUAUUUUCUGCAUAAACACAAGAUAAUUUAUAUUUUCAUCACUUGAAAACAGUCCUCACACCUGGACCAACACUGUCAAAUAUGAAGCUUGCAUAGCAUCUCUCUCAGUUGCCUGUACUCUAACUUACUUCCAACAUCCCUGUAUUGUAAUGAUCUAGUACUUGAAAAGUUUGCUUUACAUGGUACUUUAAAAAUACCAAUGCAGUAUUUGUUGUU